ACGAAUAAAAUAUCACACUUCAUUCCAUUUCUAGCCACAAACCCCCAAAACCAAUUCAACUAUUCAUUCAUCACUUCAAUGGCUACUCAAAACCCUAAUCGAACAAAUUCACUCUAUCCACAAGUUAUCGAUUCCAACCCCGACGCUCCCUCGCAACUCCUUUACACUAAUCCUUCUUCGCAAUCGAAUCUCUACCCUUCAAUUGACUUCAACGAUCUCGUUCAAAAUCUCUUCCCCGACGACGUCACCGCCGGAAACACUCUUAAUCCACCCUCUGCUCCGCUGGAAACCACCGAAGAUAUCCUCCUUAAGAUCCCCGGUGCGAUUCUCAACUUAAUCGAUAAAGAAUACAGCGUUGAGCUAGCUUCCGGUGACUUCACCGUCGUCCGUCUCCGUCAAGGCGAAAACUCCAUCGCCGUUUAUGCACGAAUCGCCGACGAGAUCCAAUGGCCUCUUGCCAAAGACGAAACCGCCGUCAAAGUCGACGACUCUCACUACUUCUUCUCCUUCCGUGCUCCCAAGGAUUUCGAUUCCGACGAAGAAGAAGAUCGCCGGAAGAAUAACGACUCCGAUUUGUUGAGCUAUGGGUUGACGAUAGCGUCGAAGGGACAAGAGCGUUUGUUAAAGGAACUAGAUAAGAUUCUGGAGAAUUGUAGUAGCUUCUCUGUGCAGAAGGUUUCGGAGAAGGCAAAGAAGAAGGGAGGGGCUUUGGAUGCAUCGAUGGCAACGGAGGUGUCGCCGAAAGAUUUGGAAUCGGCGAAGAAGAAGGAGAUAAUGGAGGGACAGUGUGCAGCGUAUUGGACUACUUUGGCUCCGAAUGUGGAGGAGUACAGUGGAAGUGCUGCGAAAAUGAUAGCUGCAGGUUCAGGGCAUGUGAUUAAGGGGAUUUUGUGGUGUGGAGAUGUGACAAUGGAUAGGUUGCAAUGGGGGAAUCAGGUUAUGAAGAAAAGGAUGGCUUCUGGUUCACCUGCUCAGAUUAGUCCUCAAACCUUGAAGCGGAUUAAAAGGGUCAAGAGAGUGACUAAAAUGACAGAGAAAGUUGCAACUGGAUUACUCUCUGGGGUCGUGAAAGUGUCUGGAUUUUUCACCAGUUCAGUGGUUAACUCAAAGGCCGGAAAGAAAUUUUUCAGCCUUUUGCCGGGGGAAGUUGUGCUUGCAUCAUUGGAUGGAUUCAGUAAAGUGUGCGAUGCUGUUGAAGUAGCUGGAAAAAAUGUCAUGUCAACAACAUCCACUGUGACAACUGAACUUGUUGACCACAGAUAUGGAGAACAAGCUGCUCACGCAACAAAUGAAGGGCUUAAUGCUGCAGGUCAUGCUUUGGGUACAGCAUGGGCUGCAUUUAAGAUUAGGAAGGCUAUUAACCCUAAGAGUGUUCUUAAACCUACCACCCUGGCCAAAUCUGCUGCUAAAGCUGCAGCUUCUGAACUUAAGGCUAGUAAGUCCAAGUAAUUUAUGGCAGGAGUUCUUGCAAUUUAGUUUAGGCUUGGCCAUCCUGCCAUCAAAAGCUGUUGCUUACGGCUUAAAUUACCUCCUUUUAGUAAGGAGGGGAAGGGGCACCGUAUGAUUUGUUGUUUUUAUGGUUUGCUUUUCUGUGCAUGUGUAAUAUUUGGAUUUCCCCUGAUUUUUAUAAAACAUAAUCUUUUAAAAAAAACUCUGUAUUAUCAUGUAAAGAUCAACAAUGACUGGUUUGGUUGUAAGUUUCACUAUUAAAUUGAAUAGCAGUAGUAUACAAUCAUGUUCUGCUUGCC